UUUGUAAUUUUCAAAAUGUCCGUUUGUGCUUAGAAAAUUGAACUGAUAAGCGUUACACUGACCAUAAAGGACUGUCUGCCUCACAUUACAUUUCGAAAGCACUACAACACCACCACUGUUGCUCUCUCUGUCCUUCCCUUCUACAAACAAUUCAAACGUUAGUCACACCCAUCUCCACUCUGACAUCAGGAAACCACACAAAUAGUUCAAGACUGCAUCACUUGAGGAAGAAGUGAAACCUAACUUCUGACCGCGCGCCUUUCUCCACUCAGACAUGGCAGAGCCUCACAUCCCUGGGAGGAUGAACCGCCUCUGCUGUCCAAUAUGCGACGAGGUUCUCCGGAACCCCACGACUAUUACCUGCGGACACAAGUUCUGCAUGCAGUGCAUCCAGGACCACUUUGAUUGUGACGAGAGGGCGAACCGUCUCCGCAGCUGUCCUGAAUGUGGUCACAAGUUUCCCUCCAGACCACAGCUGAUCAGGAACACACCUCUAGCUGACUCGGUGAAGGUGAGGGUCUGGGACACAGCGAGGCGCGAUGCUGCCAGUGAGAAGAGGAAGCAUUCAGAAGCGUCAAAGCAGGCCCCGAAGAGAGCCCGAAGCUGUGCUGAAACACAAACAUCAUCAGGAAGCACUUUGUGUGUGAGGCACAGCAGCCCUCUGGAUAUUUACUGCUGCACGGAGGAGCAGAUCAUAUGUGCAGUGUGUGCUCAAGCUGAGCACAGUGGACACACCAUAGGGUCGGUGAGGGAGGAAAGGAGGAGGAAACAGGAGGAGCUGAAGAACAUACAAACAAAAUCCAGGCAGAUUCUCCAGAAACAAGAAAAGAAAUGGGAGAACAUGGGGAAGAUUCAGAUUCAGGAGGAGGCAAGAGAAACACAGGACUACUGUGAGAGCGUCUUGGCCGGCGUCAUUGACUCCCUCCAGAGACAUUACAUGUCAGUGAGGGAGCUGAUCAGAGGUCAUGAGGAGGAGGCAGCAGCUCAGGUUGAGAAGAUGGAGGAAAUGAGGAAGAGAGAUGCUGAGCUGAAUCGUCUGACACAGAUCGACAGCGAUGUCCAUUUCUUGCAGAAAAGCCCCUCCCUGCGGCGCCUCUGUGAAAAAGAACCUCUCCAUUUUGUCCACGAGGUCUCAGAGGAUCCACUCCUCCCCUUUAAGUUUAUAAAGAGAGCUGUCGACCAUCUUGGGAAGCAACUGGAGGAAUUUUGUGACAAAGAAUUUGCCUUAAUCUCUCAAACCGCUAAUGUUGGAGAGCAGCAGGAAUCAGAAGGAGAGACAGAGGAGGACGACGUGCAGCAAAGAUGGGAAGCCUCACAGUCCCAUGGUCUCUCUGGAGUUAACACUCUGACUGAACAGAACGUGGAGCCUAAAACCAGAGCAGAGUUCCUGGAGUAUGCGUGUGGCCUCAGCCUGGACCCCACCACAGCUCACGAGGACCUGGUUAUUUAUGAGGGAAACAAAGAGGUGAGAAUGAUCCCUCUCCAAUGUAAGAGCCAAGCUAUUCGUCACCCGGAGAGGUUCAUCCACCGACGGCAGGUGCUAUGCAGAGAGGGGCUGCAGGCAGAGCGCUGCUACUAUGAGAUAGAGGUGGAAGGAGACAAGGCUGAGAUCGCCCUCACCUACAAAGGAAUAGACAGGAAAUCUCGUACUGCACUGUCAGCUUUUGGGGGCAAUGCAAAAUCCUGGAGUCUUGAUCGCUCCACAAUCUACUCUGUGAGCCACAGAGCUGACAGCAUUCAACUGACAUCAUACCCCAGUCAGCGCAGGCUUGGCGUUUAUCUGAAGUUUAAGGAGGGAACUCUGUCAUUCUACGAGGUGUCAGACAGUAUGACGUUUCUUUACAAGGUUGAAGCUAAAUUCACAGAGCCUCUGUAUCCAGGCUUCUGGCUUGGAGAGAAAUGUCGCAUCAGGAUCUGUGAUUUGAAACAGGACAGACUGUAAAACUACCUGUGAGGUCCAUAGACAGGGCCAUGACUGAAUCUCCUCAUUUGUAGUCUUUUGAUUGUUUUGUUGUCUUCUACAUGUGGGGUUGCUCAAUAUAAAGUAGCCCUAAAAUGAGCUGCAUUACACAGUAGAGCCCUCUGGAGCCACAUCUCGAUAGAUUUUUUGGUUAUAUGAAUGAAAUGUCAAAAUGACAUAUUUGUGUACCCUCAAAGGAAAAGAAAUAUGCAGAAAGAGGAAGCAUUUAACAGCAUAACCAUCCUCAUACAAAAUCUCAUUUUGCUUUUUUUUGUAUUGUGAAAUAACUUUGAAUUUAAACUAUGUACUAUAUGUAUAUAUAUAUAUAUAUAUAAAAUCAGUUUUAUGGGGGCCCCCUUGGAUUACCUCAAGGACCUCUGCAGAUGCCUGGACCACAUUUUGGGAACAACUUGAAGAACCAGCUUGUUCUCAUAAAAUCAAACUCAAUUGAACAGAUUAAUUAAUGAAAUUACUGUGUGGCCAGGUUGGCUCAGUGGUAGAGCAGGUGCACGUAUACUGAGAGGUUUAUCCCUCGACACAGAGGUCCAAGGUUCCAAUCCGA